UAGCUUGACUGUUGAAGGUGUGGAUGGAAGAGAAACAAGUUGAGGUGGUGGCGGUUAGGUUUAUUGACUGCAGUCAAACAACAUUAAACAGUGUCAGACAUAGCGUGUUACCAUGUCAGUAUGUUUAGCUUCUUCUUGACGGUGAAGAGGCAGCGUUUCCACGAUGGCGGUUACCGCAGUACAGGCGUUUCCAUGAUGGCUAAACUGAAAACUUAAGGAGCACACUUUUAACAAGGAGCUGGAGUCUUCUCCCAGACUUUGCCUGCUGUCACUGUGUAAAAAAAAAAAAAAAAAAAAAACUAACGCCACCAUGGCAUACACUACUUCGGUUUCAAUAUGGGCAUUUGCUUUUAGUUUAUACUUAGGCGUGUCCAAGUGUUAUUUUUCCAUACCACUGAAAAUAUACACAGGGAAGUACAACGUAUCCUCGGUUGUAGAUCUGACUCCGCUUCGGCGAGUAGCGUUAAUCUCUGAUGGAAACGGUCUCUCUCUGGCUUCUGAUCCAACUGGAACAGUGAACUUUCUGGACAUGGUACAAAACUUGGAAGGGGAUUCUGGAAGAGGUUACUACAUAGAAAUGUCAAUUGGCACCCCCAGUCAAACGCUAAACAUCCUGGUGGAUACGGGUAGCAGUAACUUUGCUGUGGCUGCAGCCCCACACCCAUUCAUUACUCACUACUUCAACACUGCACUCUCCAGUACCUACCAGUCAGCUGGUCGGACUGUUGCUGUCAGGUACACCCAGGGCAACUGGGAAGGUGAACUGGGCAUCGACCGUGUCAUCAUUCCCAAAGGUCCAAAUGGGACCAUCAUCGUCAACAUAGCUGCCAUCCUGUCAUCUGACGGCUUCUUCCUUCCUGGGGUCAACUGGCAGGGCAUCUUGGGGCUGGCAUAUCCCAUGCUGGCACGGCCCGACUCAUCUGUGGAGCCCUUCUUCAACUCUGUGGUGAAAAGGCUGGGAAUUCCUGACAUCUUUUCCCUCCAGAUGUGCGGUGCUGGACUGUCAGCCAGCAGUACAGCAGACCCAGCGGGUGGCAGUCUUAUCAUGGGAGGGAUUGAACCAACUCUGUAUCGGGGGUCAGUGUGGUACACCCCCAUUGUAGAGGAGUGGUACUACCAAGUGGAGGUUUUGAAGCUGGAGGUUGGCGACCAGAAUCUGGACCUGGACUGCAGAGAGUAUAACAUGGAUAAAGCUAUAGUUGACAGUGGGACGACACUGCUGCGACUUCCUGUCAACGUCUUCAAUGCGGUGGUAGAAGCCAUCACACGCAGUUCUCUGAUCCAGGAUUUUUCUUCAGGCUUCUGGGAUGGCACCAAGCUUGCAUGCUGGAUGAAGGGAGAGACCCCCUGGAGGUUUUUCCCCAAGCUGUCCAUCUAUCUGAGAGCCACAAACAGCAGCCAGUCCUUCCGUAUCACCAUCCUGCCUCAGCUCUACAUCCAGCCAAUCACAGACGUGGACGGCACGCUGGACUGCUUCCGUUUCGGAUUGUCGUCGUCAGCUAAUGGCCUGGUGAUUGGCGCUACUGUUAUGGAAGGCUUCUACGUGGUAUUCGACCGUGCGCAGCGGAGACUUGGCUUCGCACUCAGCAACUGUGCAGUGAGCGGUGGAGUGGCUCUGUCAGAGAUCGCAGGACCCUUCUCAGCAGCAGACGUGGCGGCCGACUGCUCAGCCGGGACGCUGAAGGAGCCUAUUAUGUGGGUCAUCUCCUACGCCCUGAUGGCGGUCUGCGCUGUGGUCCUCAUCAUCCUGUUGCUCCUGCUGGUCCUUCCCUGUCGACGCAGAGACCACUCUGGGGAGAUAACCGACGAGUCGUCACUGGUCCGCCACCGCAUCAAGUGACUGAGAGGAAAUGGACGGGUGACCAGGAUGAAUGAGCGGGGAGACAGUGAGCGGAGCCCGUCCACAGCGGUGGAGAAAGCAGUGAGGCUCAGCCUGGACCAAACAGUGACACCCGGCUCUGAAUGUCUGACUGACUCGAGACUGUACUCAUCAGUUUGGCCCAUAGAGGUAGACACAGACACGUCGGCUGCCUCUUAAAGGGAAAAUCAACCCUAAAAACACUUCUUAAAAACAGCUUUUGAUGUAUUUACAGUUCCAGUUUCCUGUUUACCUUUCUUAUUCUCACUGACAAUUCAUGUCAUGUCAUAUGUAGACACUGACAUGGAGAAAGACAUCUAGCAUAGAAGAAGAAAAACAGAUUAAAAGUUCAUAAUGCCAUGUAGCUACAGGACAGUUUUUAGUAAUGGGUAUGACUUGCUUUUUCUCAGCUGGAAAGACUUGUGUGUUGUCAGUUUUGCUCUCUGCAACUACACUGAAAUCGAGCGUCGGUUGAGAGAGCACAAAUCAAGUUCAGACUUCAGCUCUUAAGGCCUGUCCAAAGGUAUUUUGGAAAAUGUAGGACAGCACUAACACAAACAGCAAGGUGAACCAAACUAUGAAACAGUUCAUCACAAAGAAAAAAAAAUCCUGACACACACUAAACAACACACCAGCACUGACGCAUAUCAGUAUAAGAAUAUCUAAGGGUGGAGUUUCAUUUCUUGGUCAACAACCACUGGUGCAUGCAUGAACAAUACAAUUGAAAUGUUACUGAUUUAAUUUACAGGCAAACUGUGUGUUUGUAAUUUCUAAGGAUAUACAACCUCUUUAAAUGUGCCUUUACAGAUGAUCAAAUUAAUGUCUGUGUCUGUUGAAGUUAAGGGGAAAAGCUGCUCAAUCUAUCACUGUUAAUAGGAAGAAUAUUACACACGUUUACAGUGCCUGUAGUGCCCUUAAGUCUCAGUUCACUGCUAAUACAGCUUCACGAACAGUUUGAGACUUAUUCUGCUGAAUUGCACUUUUUUUUUUUUCCUUAAGUCAAUCAAAAGUGUAAUAUAAAGUUUAAAAAUCAAUAUUUCCAGAUUUGUUAUGCAAUUUUGUUGAAUUAAUGUAAUUUUACUAAUUCUCUGUUCAUCCAAGUUUAUAUUUAAAUUUCUUUGAAUGUGAUUGUAUUAUUACUCCAAAAUAUUUCUUUUUAGACACUAAAUGUUCAUGGGUAUGUAUUUAUAUUUCACAUUUUAUACAAAUCAAACAUUUAAUUAGAAGCCAAAUGAUUUUUGAAACUGACACAUUGUAAACACUCGCAUCACCUGUGGACUACACUUUCUAGGUGAAGCUCAGUGACCUCUAGCAAUAAAAAGUUAUUAAAUGCCAUUUUAUCGUCUCUUCACACUAGUGACAGUUUCAUAUGUAGAAGUCAGUGAUAAACAUGAAACAUGGUGAGACCGCUGAGACUGUGCUGCACAAUCAACCUGAAACUACUGCCUUUUGGCUCUGAGCAUCAGCUUUGAGUCACAUGAUUCAAGUUUCUGUCUGCCAAAAUUUAAAGUUUAAAAAUUGUCAAAUUGAAGGUAUCUUGAUUCUUUGAAUGUUUGCUUAUUUAUAAGUGUCUUUUUCUGUGCCAAAAUUGUUGUAAAUAAAAUAACUUGUGAUCAAAUUAAUUAUGUAAAUCCUUUAAAAUCAAUAAAUAUAUUUUGUUGUGAAAGGUUA